UCAUGCAUUGGACUUGCGAUGUUGCGGACGAUCGUUAUCCUCUCUCUACCAGUGCUUAUUUCAUGUGCUGGAGAUGGAAAUAUUCAUCUGCUAGAGGACGAAAUAGCAGAAGCUCUGCGCUCCUGCUCGGUACCUGGAGAUGACAGCAAAGAGACGCGACAGCGGCGCUCGGAAGAAUAUGGAUACGACGAGCAAUAUGCUGAUCGGACACCACGCAUCGACAACAACUCAAAACCAGAAACGAAUCAAUACGGUCACGAAAGACGGAAUACUUCCAUGAAAGAACAGAUACAUGUUCUGAACGCGACUGACUUCGAUUAUGGGGGGUACGGGGCAGGGAAUGGGGGGGAGAAGCUGGUGAACACGGUGCCGCGCCCGGCGAUCGGCGCGGACCCCGGGAAUAUGACGUCACUAAACAGGACUAGACGGAGCGAGCCGCUGCUUAACAAACCUGACUCGGAUCAAUGUCUUAGCCAGUGUGUUUUCGCAAAUCUUCAAGUGGUGGACUCCAGAGGUAUCCCGCGUGAGAGCGAGCUGUGGGUACGCAUCCAGGGUUCUGUGACGUCCCAGCAGUCCCGUGCCGCGUUACAGGACCAGACCAGAGCGUGCUUCCAAGAGUUGCAGUCAGAAGCGGAAGACAACGGCUGCUCUUACUCCAACAAACUAGAGCGUUGCCUGAUGCUGCGGCUUGCUGACAGGAAGACUAACGCUUCACGGCCUCAAACUCAAAGUAGUGGACAACACUAG